GCAGGACUGCUCCAGGGGACGCGGGCGUGCGGGCGCACCUUCUAACGGGAGAGGGCGGGAGAGACCGGAGCUCCCUUUACUUGGAAACUCUGCCUUAGCUAUAUGACGGGAUGGGGUUCCCCUCCCCCAUCCCGAAGGCAGUUCCACCCCCUGCGCAGGAAGCCUUGGCCGGGCUCGCCUCGGCCCCCUGCUGCCGUUGUCUUUACGGAACCUUUGGGGUCGGGGCUUGGGAGUCUCCUCGGCGCCGGCUUCUGGGCCCGGGCGAGACUGGUGCGUGGCGCCGGGGUGGAGGCGGCUAAGUCCCGGGGACUCCUGCCCUGCGCCUCCGACGGGCAUUUGUCUGGCUGCAUCCGGGCUCGGGACGAUCCUGGGUCCUCGCUGGCGCUGCGGCCCUGCUCGGCGGCUUCGUGACCUCCGGCGGCGAAUCCCCGGGCUCGCGCAACGAGUUGUAGCUGCGGAGAGCAGGGCGUCCAUGCUGGCGCCCAAAGCCUCCAGCCGAGAGUCGCCUCACUCGUUACGGUGCUUAGAAACCCUUUUUUUGGUUUUGUCUUUAAGUACUGUCUAGGGAAACGAGUCAUUUGAAGCAGUUUGUACCUUUUUUUUUUUUUUUUUUUUUCCCAAAGAGAGAAAGAUUUAUGCCGGACUGAAAAAUAGCGAAUCAAGUAUUUAGUGACUCUGUGUUAUUGCAGUAAAGACUGCCUCCUCGUUGGACAUGUAGUGGAUUCUAGUUCAGGCUCUCCUGCAACAUGUUUUGUUUCAAUUCUUUUACAAUUUAAAGCAUAUACUUACUUUAAUGAGAACGAAAAAGCUUAACUCUUUUUAAACUCGUUAAAAAUGGAGUUAUUUACUUUUACUGUAAAGGCGUCUUAUAGCAAUUAGGAAGAAAGACUAUACAUUGCAUGAAAAGCCUUUUAAAACGUUUAUCUAUUUGAUGAUUGCUGACUGCCUGUUGUAUGUAUUGUAUUUUGUGCAUAGACUUUCUUGUUGGUUGAAAAAAAUGACAGGUGGAAAGAUGUUGGUUUCUAGGUGAUAUAAAAAAAUUUUAAACAUUUUUCUGAUUUUCCUGCAGUGACACGUGUUACAUAUGUCGUUUGUAUUUCAGAGGGAGAGGGGACUGUGUGAUAGGUUGCUUGUGAUUCAGAAUCUUCCUGCUAAGAAGACUAGUGAGCAAAUGUUUCUGACAUCCUUGAUGAAUUGAGAUGGUUACUCAAGGAAUGAUUGUUUACAUUGUUAGUCACACCAGGUUUCUCCAUGUUGGUCAGGCUAGUCUUGAAUUCCCGACCUCAGGUGAUCUGUCCGCCUCGGCCUCCCAAAGUGGUGGGAUUACAGGUGUGAACCACUGCGCCCGGCGAGGCAUUUUUUACCGUCUACAGAAACUUAUUGUAAUUCAUUUUUCCUCACUCCAGUAGUAAGAAUUAUACCAAAUUGAAAAGAUAUGAAUGAGUAUCCUAAAAAAAGAAAAAGGAAGACUCUACACCCGUCUCGUUAUUCAGAUUCCUCUGGAAUAAGCAGAAUUGCAGAUGGAUUCAAUGGAAUUUUCUCUGAUCAUUGUUACAGUGUCUGUUCUAUGAGACAGCCAGAUUUAAAAUAUUUUGACAACAAAGAUGAUGAUUCUGAUACCGAGACAUCAAAUGACUUGCCAAAAUUUGCAGAUGGAAUCAAGGCCAGAAACAGAAAUCAGAACUACCUGGUUCCCAGUCCUGUACUUAGAAUUCUAGACCACACUGCCUUUUCUGCAGAAAAAUCUGCUGAUAUUGAAAUUUGUGAUGAAGAGUGUGACUCACCUGAAUCAGUCAACCAGCAAACCCAAGAGGAGAGUCCUAUAGAAGUUCACACUGCUGAAGAUGUUCCAAUUGCUGUAGAAGUGCAUGCAAUUUCUGAGGAUUAUGAUAUAGAGACAGAAAACAAUUCCUCUGAAAGUCUCCAAGACCAAACUGAUGAAGAACCGCCAGCUAAACUUUGUAAAAUUCUUGACAAGAGCCAAGCUUUGAAUGUGACUGCCCAGCAGAAAUGGCCUUUACUGAGAGCUAAUAGCAGUGGCCUCUAUAAAUGUGAACUUUGUGAGUUUAACAGCAAAUAUUUUUCUGACCUAAAGCAGCAUAUGAUCCUGAAGCAUAAACGUACCGAUUCAAAUGUGUGUCGAGUAUGCAAGGAAAGUUUCUCCACCAAUAUGCUUCUGAUAGAACAUGCCAAACUACAUGAAGAGGAUCCCUACAUUUGUAAAUACUGUGAUUAUAAGACAGUAAUUUUUGAGAACCUCAGCCAGCACAUUGCAGACACCCAUUUUAGUGAUCACCUCUAUUGGUGUGAACAGUGUGAUGUACAGUUCUCCUCAAGCAGUGAACUCUACCUGCAUUUCCAGGAGCACAGCUGUGAUGAACAGUAUUUGUGUCAGUUCUGUGAACAUGAAACUAAUGAUCCAGAAGACUUGCAUAGCCAUGUGGUAAAUGAGCAUGCAUGUAAAUUAAUAGAGUUAAGUGAUAAGUAUAACAAUGGUGAACAUGGACAGUAUAGCCUCUUAAGCAAAAUUACCUUUGACAAAUGUAAAAACUUCUUUGUAUGUCAAGUAUGUGGUUUUCGGAGUAGACUUCAUACAAAUGUUAACAGGCAUGUUGCUAUUGAACAUACAAAAAUUUUUCCUCAUGUUUGUGAUGACUGUGGGAAAGGCUUUUCAAGUAUGCUAGAAUAUUGCAAGCAUUUAAAUUCACAUUUAUCUGAAGGGAUUUAUUUAUGUCAAUAUUGUGAAUAUUCAACAGGACAAAUUGAAGAUCUUAAAAUUCAUCUAGAUUUCAAGCAUUCAGCUGACUUGCCUCAUAAAUGUAGUGACUGCUUGAUGAGGUUUGGAAAUGAAAGGGAAUUAAUAAGUCACCUUCCAGUCCAUGAGACAACUUGAUUAUUCUCUUUAACUUACAGAAUGUUAGUUUAAAAUAAUAAAUUCAUCCUUUUUUUGGAGAUGAUUAAAUAGAUGAUUGUAAACACAACUUAUGAAAUUUGCCUUUAACAAGUAACUUUUUUAAAUUAUAAAAUUUUAUUGGCAUUGCUCCAUUUUCAGUAUAUAAAUAUAUCUUUAAUGUGGUAUUUUCAAUUCCGUGAUAGUUUGUAGUUUUAACCACUCUUGGUGACUGUCGUCCUGUUUCUUGCAUGUUCUCUGAUUUCGUGAAUUGAAAAGAAACAAAUGUAUUGAAGAAAUGAGCUACAGUUUUCCUUCCUUAACCAUGGGUGCUAGUAACUUUUUCUUUUUAAAACUCAAGACAAGAUUAGUUUAUUGUGUAUGAAGUCAUUAAAUUAUUACACGACCAGAACUAAAAUGCAAUAUACAAUUAAGUCCACGGAUACUCCCAUUAAUAAGAAAUAACACUAGGAAGCCACUAUUAUCACAGGAAGAAAAGAUGUGGUUUUCACGGCAGUCUGUUUUUUUAAAAAAAAUUUUUUUGAGCCCCUAUCUAUUGUUGAAUAUUUUAAGAUGGGAUGAGGGAGGAACUAGUAAGGGCUUACACAAUAAAAAAUAACUGUAUCAUAACUCAUUCAUAACUUGAUGUUUCAUUUUCUGUUGAGGAACCAUAAAUUCAUUCACAGACUUAAUAUUUUUUUCUUAGAGACGGUCUCGUUCUGUUGUCCAGGAUGGAGUGCAGUGGUUGAUCAUAGCUCCCGGGCUGUAGUCUCCCAGGCUCGAGCAAUCCUCCCACUUCAGCCUCCUGCAUAGCUAGGACUGACAGGCGUGUGGCACCAUGCCCGCUAAGUUUUUAAAUUUCUUGUAGAGAUGAGAUCUCGCUAUGUUGCCCAGGCCAGUCUCAAACUCCUGGACUCAAGCAAUCCUCCCACCUUGGCCUUCCAAAUCACUGGGAUUAUAGGCAUGAGCCAUUAUGCCUGACUCUUGCCCAAAUUUCUGAUGUCAAAUUGUUCAUUGACAGAAAACCCACUGAAGUAUUUAAUGUAAAGUUAGGAAGAUCUGGGAGAUAGGGGUUGCUGGCAUGAAAAUGUAUAACUUACAACAUUUGUUUAUUAAUAAAAUGAUAAAUUAGCAUCAAUAUUAGUUCGUAUGGCUGCCAUAACAAAUUACUACAAACUGAGUUGCCUACCUAGCAGAAAUUUAUGGUCUCACAGUUGUGGAGGCCAGACAUUCAAAGUGGAGUUAUUGGCAGUUGGUUCCAUCUGAGGGUUGUGGGGGAAGGAUCUGUUUCAGGUCUGUCCUUGGCUUGUAGAUGGAUAGCCUCAUGUUCACAUGGUGUUCUCCCUGUGUGCAAGUCUGUCCCCAAAUUUCCUCUUUUUUUUUUUUUUCUUUUUUACUUUUUUGAGACAGAAUUUCACUCUUGUCGCCCAGGCUGGAGUACAGUGGCGCGAUUUCAGCUCAUUGCAACCUCCACCUCCCAGGUUCAAGUGAUUCUCCUGCCUCAGCUUCCCAAGUAGCUGGGGUUACAGGCGCCAGCCACCAUGCCAGGCUAAUUUUGUAUUUUUAGUAGAAAAGGGGUUUCACCACGUUGGCCAGGCUGGUCUCAAAUUCCUGACCUCAGGUGAUCCACCUGCCUCAGUCACCCAAAGUGCUGGGAUUACAGGCAUGAGCCACUGCCCCAGGCCAAAUUUCUUGUUUUUAUAAGGACUCCAGUCAUAUUGAUUGGAUUAGUGCCCCUCCCAAUGUCCUCCUUUUAACUUGAAGACCUGAUCUCCAAAUAAGGUCAUUAUUCUAAGAUGCUGAGGUUUAGGACUUCAACAUAUGAAUCUGGGAGGGAACACAAUUGAGUAGCAGAGUCUGAAACAGCAGUAUAAAAAAGAUAGAAUUAUGUGUAUCAUUGCCCUCAAAUUUAACAAGCACUGCUAACAAUAUUAUUUUUUAGGUUUAUUGAUAUAAGUGGAAGAUCAAUUUAUGACCAAUGAUUUUCCCACUUCAAGAAUUUAGUCUGUUUGGACAAUGGUGGCUGCAAGUAUUCUUAGAAGGUAUUAUGGACAAUGGUGGCUGCAAGUAUUCUUAGAAGGUAUUAUUUUUAUCCCCACUCUUUUGUUGUAUGUGCAUACCUGUGUUCCUAGCAACUCACAUUCCAUCUAAUUAUAACAUUCCUGUUACGGCUGAUACAAAUGUUUCUCAGAAGACUUAAAAUUGUAACAGUUUAAAUUGUAAGAUAACCUUAGAAAGCAUCUGGUCUAAACCCUCCAGUUUUCUAAGUUUCUUGCAGAAAUAGAAAUGUAGAUCGCUAUGAGGCCAAGUACAUAUAAACAGUUAUGUCAUAUGGGAGUGGGAUCCAGGUUAUCUGGUUUACUGUCUAGUGAUGUUUCCAUUACAUCAUGUUACAUAAACCUAACCUUUGUCCCUGG